AUGAACACCCUCAUAGCUUUGGCUUGUCUCCUGGCCGUCGCCCAUGGUAGUGCCAUUGGCGGAUAUGGUCUGGGAUAUGGAUAUGGCGCACCGAUCAUCGCUCCCGCAGCGGUAUCCACCGCGAACCUUGUGAAGGCUGCUCCCAUCCCCGUCAUCAGGACCGCCGCCGUUGCUCCCAUUGUCACCGCUCCCGUUCUUCGCACUGUUAGCGUCGCAGCUCCCAUCAACUACGGAUACGGAGGCUGGGGAGGUUGGGGCGGCUACGGACUCGGAGGUUGGGGCGGAUACGGACUCGGAGGUUGGGGCGGCUACGGACUCGGCGGCUGGGGCGGCCACGGUGGAUGGGGUGGUUGGGGCGCCGGUUAUGGCAAACACUACGGCUAA